AUGUUGGAAAGAAAUCGAUCCAUUUCUCAUCUAGAAAUGUCUUCUGAUAUCGGUAUUUAUGGACUUACUAGUCAGGGUAUUUCGUUCGCCCUGAAUAUUGCAUCAAAAGGAUAUAAUGUCACCGUGGGAAACAAAUCCUCCGACAAGAUUAAAGAAUGUAUUGAAUUGGCAGAGAAAGAGGAUCUGGAAGAGAAGGUUCGCGGAAUCAAGGAUCCCGAGGACUUUGUAAAAAACCUAAAAACGCCUCGUAAAGUCUUGUUCCUCGCUCGCCCAGGUUCUAACAUUGAUCGCAACAUGCAAAAGGUUCUUCCCUUCCUUGAGUCCGGCGACGUUAUCAUCGACGGCAGCUGCGACAAUGUGGACGAAUGCCUGCGCCGCAGCGCGGAAGCGCAAGAAAAGGGCGUCGAGCUGCUCUCUCUAGCCAUCCUCGGCACGGACAGCGACGCUCGCCAAGGCCCUGCCUUGCUGUGCUCUGGCUCGAAGUCGCUUUACGACGCCAUCGAGCCUCUGCUCAACAAAGUGGCCUGCGAAGUCGACCACCGACCCUGCCUCGCCCACGUCGGCACCGCCGCCGCUGCCGUGGCCGCCAAGCACGCCGUGGCCGCUCUGGAGACCGCGGAGCUGCAGCUUUUAGCGGAGAUGGUGGACGUGAUGAAGCAGGGCAAGCUGAACUUGACCGAAAUCGCCUCGAUUUUGGGAGACUGGGACAAACAGGACGGCAGUUUCCUUCUGCAGAGCCUCACCGCGGUUCUGAAGAAGAAGGACUGCGACGUGGAGGGCUGCAAGCCGUCCGACAAUUCAUUGGUCGACCGCAUCAGCGAUUUCCCGCCCAACCCCAAAAAUACCGCGGAUCUGACGGCUCUUGCCGCGGAUAUUCAGGCCAGCAUGAGCAUUCCCGCGGGAGCGUGGGAGGCGCGCAACGCGUCAUCGGAGAGAGAGACGCGCGUGAAACUUUCCCGCCAAAUUUCGGCGCCGAAAUUUGAUUGGUCGAAGGUGGAUCUGCAGGAGAUUUCCCGCGAUUUGCACGACGCCCACGACUGCGCACGAGAUAUUCUGUGCGCACAAGUUUUCGGUGCGCUGGUCGCCAUCGCGAAGACGCGCGAGUGGGAGUUACAUUUGCCCGAGUUGGCGGGAGUUUUGCGCGGGGGCUGCGAGAUUCGGUGCGAUCGGAUGGAGAAGUGGGUAUUAUUUUGGCAGGAGUGAUGGGCAGACUGUCGGCAAUGCUUGAGAAGAACUCGGAAUUGCCGAGUUUGCUGCUGGAGCCGGCGUUCAGCGAGGAGGUCGAGAAGAAACAGAAGGCGUGGAGACGCGUGCUGUCGCUCGGCGUGGCGGCGGGCGUGGCGAUGCCGGUGAGUCUGGCGGCGGUGGCGUAUCUGGACAGCUAUCGCAGCGGGAGAUUGCCGGGAAGCGUGGUGCAGAGCAUGCGCGAUGCGCUGGAGGAUGAGGGGUUCGAGAGAUUGGAUAAGGAGAGAGGAGAGCUGUUCCACUGCAAGUGGUCGAAGUAAAGAGAGGAGGAAGGAAGGAAGAUGAUGAUGAUGUUUGAGAGUUGUACUGCUGAU